AAUGCCCUUGUCACCAAAAAUUAACAUCAAUGGGAUCUUGGACAGUGACAGUGUUCCUGCUAUCAAACUUACCUACAUGGCCUCUGUCAGUCUGCAGUCACAUAUAUCAUGCUUUCUGUCUGUGAGAGAUGAGCUUGUGGUGGCCACUGAUGAUGGUUGCCUCAACAGGCUCAGGUGGACUGGGAAUAAGAAUGAGAAAGCCACUCUGCACUUCAAAGACAUACCUGUAUCGGCUGACCUUCAACAGUUUAGAGCCGCAAGACUGUCCCAUAGUGAUAGCCAUGUGGUUGAGAUGGAGUACAGUCCAACACUUGGUGGUUACAGCAUGGUCUUGUCUUCAGGCAGAGCUGUAUUCGUCAUACCCCCAUCCAGUAGAGGAGAGAAAACAAGUGCUCAUGGAGUUUGGGCUCAGGAAGUCAACAAUGCAGCUACAGUAGCUGUCAAUCACAGAUACAGGCUGAUUGCUUUUGGCUGUCACAGUGGAGAGGGUGUGGUCUUUCAUUUAGAUGAAGCAGUUGGAGCUUUAGAAGUGUCUCAUAAACUUGUUAUUUCCAGCAAGGAGUUUCCAGAUGCAGGUCACAUUGCUGGCUCCGUCACCUGCAUGAAGUGGACCCCUGAUGGCACAGCUUUGGCAAUGGUGUGGAAGAAUGGAGGGCUCUCUUUAUGGAGUGUAUUCGGUUCUUUACUCUUAUGCACCCUUGGAGGGGACUACAGUAGGCUAACUGACAGCGGCAGCUUGUUUCCUCCUCCAAUAAUAUCCAUGGAGUGGGGUCUGGAGGGCUAUCAUCUGUGGAUGGUAGCAGCUAACAGUACUGACCCAGGCAGUGGAAGGGAAAGCCCACCACAGACUGACUCCAAGGAAAGUUCUUUCUCGGAUGAGAUGGAGAAAAAUGUCAAUGUUAAGAAAAGCGAGUAUGAAGAUAACAAAGUGUCUGAAGACAGAUCUCGGAAGUCCUCCACUCAGCUCCUGCAGUUUCAGUUUGUCAAGAGUGCUCUCACUGUUAACCCAUGUAUGGGCAACCACGAACAUGUCUUUCUGCAAGGUGAGGAUAAACUGUACAUGAGCACGGGCGACACAAUGUCACGGGGCAGCUCACAGUACCACAUGGCUAAAGGGAAUAACACAGCCAUUAAUGCAGGUCAUUGCUACAUCGGAAACAAGCAGUGGCAAGUGAUUCCUAUCUCACACAGCUACCUGGCCUCCAACUGGCCUAUACGGUAUGCAGCAGUUGACCUGGCUGGUCAGUGUGUUGCUGUGGCAGGCAAGACUGGGUUUGCCCACUAUGCUUUGUUUAGCCGCAAAUGGAAGCUGUUUGGAAAUGAGACUCAGGAACGGGACAUGGUUGUGUCCGGAGGCAUCACCUGGUGGAACAACUUUGUCUGUCUGGCAUGCUUCAACAUCCAGGGCCAGAGAGAUGAGCUGAGGUGCUAUCCCAGGACAUGCAAACUAGACAACACCUUUGCCCAGGUUUACAGUUUGCAGUCCCAGGUGUUGCUGUUGAACACCUUUAGAGACAUGCUGAUUGUGUUCUGUGCUGAUAGUCAUGUAGCCAUGUUUAACUUGGAGAGGAGGAAUGUGCAGUCAAAUCCCUCAGUUAUCAUCACCAAAGUCCAGGAGAUCUCCCUGAGUAGUUUCAUUCCCCACCCCCUUUGUGUUGCUGGUCUUACCUUGACAUCUUUAGUCUCAGAGUCAGGUAGUUCCAAGCUCAGCCCAUCUGCCAAAGAAGCAGAAUCAAUGCUGGUUAAUGUUUCAGGAAAGUUAUUAAUGUUUCAGCGAGACAGAACUGGUCCCCAGAUCAAAGAGGAAACAAGCAAAAUUCGGCCGGUCCCGUUUUGCAACCCCUCUGUUGUGGCGACAUCUGUAGAAAAUUUGUGGACAACAACCAGAGCAAACGUGGGGAAGAUUCAGCUAAUGGAGGCAAUGUGGCUAGGCUGUGGUUCCCAUGGCAUGAAGGUUUGGCUUCCGCUGUUUCCUCGUGACGAAGGGAAGACACAUAAUUUUAUGUCGAGGCGCAUCAUGUUGCCUUUCAGAGUGGAUAUUUACCCAUUAGCUGUACUUUUUGAAGAUGCUGUUAUUUUGGGAGCUGCAUGUGAUGUCGUCUCAUAUACCAUGUCCUCAUCUGCUCAACACCACACAGAUAUGCCAUUUUGUACAUUAGAACGAACUAGUCAAAUUUAUCUUCAUCAUAUACUCAGACAAUUGCUCAGGAGAAACCUUGGGGUGAAUGCCCUGGAUUUAGCUCGUAGUUGUAAAGAGCUGACUUAUUUCCCUCAUGUGUUAGAACUACUCCUACAUGAGGUCUUGGAGGCUGAAGCCACAUCAAAGGAACCUAUACCAGAUCCCUUGCUACCAAGAGUGGUUGCAUUUAUUCAGGAGUUUCCAGAAUUCCUUCAAACUAUUGUCUACUGUGCAAGGAAGACUGAGGUAGCUCUCUGGCCUUACCUGUUCUCCACUGUUGGAAACCCUAAAGAUUUAUUUGAGGAGUGUUUGAUGAAUGGAGACUUAGAAACAGCUGCUACUUACCUCAUCAUUCUUCAGAACCUGGAGAAACCUAUCAUCAGCAGACAGCAUGCGACUAUUCUCCUUGAUUCAGCAUUGGAGAAAGGUUCAUGGGAGUUGUGUAGGGAUCUUGUCCGAUUUCUCAAGGCAAUAGCUUUUCAGACCACGCCACCGCUGUCACCCACUGGCCAUAGCACCUACAACUACAGCAAUGUCAGCAAUGUAGGAAGGAUGAGGACUGCCAGUAUAGUGGAAGCCAGAGAGGUCAAGUUGGUUCAGAAGGAGAAAGCCAAGUACACCAUGUCAGACUCAUUUGUCACCACUGGGAAAAGGCCAUCUGGAAAAACCAAACUGACGGAACCCACAGCAGAGCAGGUCUACAUUGACAUGAUCUUGUGCCGUCAUGCCCGAAAACUGUUGGCAUCCAACCAAAUCAGGACACUGGGUUAUUUUGCUGCAAACAUGGAAGAUUUCCAGUUUGUUUCCUGGCUCAAGAGGGAAAGGGUACGAGCUGGAAAAGUUGAGGAUUUUGUAACAGCCCUGAGAGAUCUCCAUUCACAGUUUGAGUGGCCAAUGCCGGUCCUAGCAUCUACUGCAUUACAUCAGUUGCGAAGAUCUCUUGCAGCAUCAUCAUCAUCUUUAUCAUCAUCACUGUUGGAUGAUGACCUCCUUGGACUUGGCAGUGAGAGUGGUCAGAGGAUCACCCCGGAUUCUCAUAUGACAAAAUCAGCUUUGGGGUCAGCCAUUGACACAAGACUACACCAGCCCUUGUCAGAGCAAGUUCUAUCUCAGGUUGGCUCGGACGAGAUUAUACUCAAACCUCAAAACCUCAGAACUGAGGAAAGUAGCUUUGCUACUAUGGAGAUAUCAGACACAAGUUCUCUGCUGGGAGAAUUUGAGGUGGUUACUGAUGCAGCAGUGGGAGGCGACCCGCAGUUCCUGCAGGGGAUUGAGGGAAUGUCUCAAGAAUUAGCCUCCACGAGAGGCCCUGAGCAGGCUCAUCUGGAAUUGGAGUAUUUAUUACAUAUCAUGCAAGAGGCAGGUUGCCUGGAGUGGGCUUUGAUCCUAGCUAUAAUGUUGCGAGACCACUCUGCCGUCAUUCGAGUCGUCAACACGGCCAGCCAGACAGAAACUCCCCUAGAUAUGGUGGCCAGGAUGCGGGAGGGGCUCAGUUAUCUAGAGCUGUGGGCGGACACAGAAUGCUUGGGCUACAGACCUUUCCUGCAUCAGAUCCGAGGAGAGAUUGAAAAACUGAGCAGGCUCCUGGAGACCUCCUCAGGGAGCUUAAGCCUGGAUGUAGCAGGCAUCCCAGAGUCUCAGUCAGUAGACGAAGGAACCUUGUCACCGGGAGUCCAGUCCAUACAUUCUGACAUUGAUUCCAUUAUCAGCCAGCAGGAAAACCCCACUCGUCAAAAGAACGACUGCACCAUUUCUUGA